AUGGACUACGACCCGCCACCAGGCGCUGUCCCGCCUUUCCUCGCCAAGAUCCGGGCACGAGUACAACCGCCCACUCCACCACUGGUUGCGCUGGAAGGUCCAAACACGCUGUAUAUCCCGCCGCCGCCGCCUGAUGUCGAAGAGGACGUUGUGCCGCCAGAGAACUUUGCCGCGGUCACACAAGGGGUUUACCGCUCUGGGUUUCCGAAGAAACGGAAUUUCCAGUUCCUCGAGACGCUGCAGCUUAAGACGGUUCUUACUUUAGUCCUAGAGGAUUACCCCGAGGCGAAUCUCCAAUGGUGCCAGGAUCAAGAUAUCCAGUUUAUGCAAUUCGGCAUCCCAGGUAACAAAGAGCCAUUCGACAACAUCCCCGAGGACGUAAUCUGUUCCGCCCUCGUGGCCAUCCUCGAUAGGCGUAACCACCCCCUCUUGAUCCACUGCAAUAAGGGCAAGCACCGCACCGGAUGCCUUAUCGGCUGUAUCCGCCGCCUGCAGAGUUGGAGCAUGACCUCGAUCUUUGACGAGUACCGCCGCUUCAGUGCGCCCAAGAGCCGCGCAGUCGACCAGCAGUUCAUCGACCUCUUUGAUCUCGGCCCGGUGUGGGAGGAGGUCAUGAGCCAAGCUGGAGGGGGACUAGCAAACCUGCCUGCGUGGCGCAUGCUCACGCUCCCGCUGAGAUUGGCGGCCAAGCGCAGCGAGGUCGAGAGGGAGAAGGAGGAGAGGGAUGAGAGGGAGAGACGCCGCCGCGAGGCGGUCGCAGUUGCAGGGGCGGUGGCGUUAAUUGAGACGCUGCCAUUAGUGGAUAUCGGAAUGGAGGUGGUGGCGAGGUAG